AUUGCCUGUUUUAUUCUCCCUACGAAGUUUGUGAAUACCGGACCACCGCCUUCUCACGUCGAGAGGAGCAGACGCUACUGAUGUCGGCAAGCAGUUCCGCAGCUCGGUAUUCUCUGGUGGGCAGUGGUCAUCAGACAUGGACGCCCUCGUCAGCUGAGGUUGGUGGUGCACGUCAAACCGAAUAAAGUUGGGAAGAGGUGUUUCGGCUUCGAGAUGGCGCCCCCGCCUCUGGUGACGGGGGUAUCGCCUAAAGAAGGGCCUCCGGGAACGUUGGUCACCGUGCGCGGUGACUUUCUGGGCACGGGGCCCACUGACCUUAUUGGUUUAACCAUAUGUGGAUGUGACUGUCAUCUCUCUGCUGAAUGGAAAUCACCAAAGAAAAUCCUUGCUCGGUCAGGACCAGGCAAAGGUCGAGGAGAUAUAAUAGUGAUAACACGUUCUGGAGGGAAAGGUACUUCCACAGUACAAUUCCGAGGAUACCAUGAAACCAUUGGCCCAAUGAAGGAGAGUGCUGUCUGGGUCGAGGAAGCACCAUUACAGACCCUAGUAUGGAGCCGACGUUCAUUGUCACCUACAGGCUAUCAGCAGGAGGAUCCAUUGGGACUCUCUGUGGAAGGCAAUGAUAAGAAGUUCCCAGAGGACGAUCUUCACGAGCUGUUUCCUGAGGGCUCGGGAGAUUUGGCAUCGGAGCAGUUCUGUGCUGGCUGGUUCCUGCUGGAGCAUCAUCAUGCUACCACUUUUGAUGACCUGAAGGCUGGUGUGGCGUUCUUGCGUCGGAAGGUGGAGGGCCACAAGGAGGGCCAGCUAUCAUUCUUAAAGACAAAUGUUGGCUCUGUUAUGGAACAGUUGGAUACAUUAUCAGUAUUGAAGGAGAAAUUUGAAGAGGAUGUUCAAGAACAUGGAUCUGAUCCUACCCAGAAAGUGGAAAAUGCUAUUCAAGAAUCCAUGUUGGAAGCUAAUAAGCUUUUUGAGGAAGUAUUGGCUCGACGCGAUCGUGCCGAUGCUACACGCAAUGCUCUGGGUGUGCUGCAUCGCUAUAAGUUUCUCUUCUGUUUACCAGUCAGCAUUGAACGCAACAUUCGAAAAGGAGAUUAUGAUGUGGUUAUCAAUGACUAUGCCAGAGCCAAGAAUCUUUUUGGAGAGACAGAUAUUGCUAUCUUCAAGAAAGUUCUAGUGGAAGUGGAACAACGAAUUAAUAACUUUCGAGAAAUACUGCGUAUCAAGCUCAAGGACAUGCCUUCCACCCUAGAAGAGCAGAAAAGAAUUAUCAGGAACCUGGUAAAUUUAGAAGCAAGUGGAGAUCCUGCCUGGGAGGGCAUUGAAUGUCAUUCCAGCUACCUCCUGCAACGCCUGACUGCUUGUCGAGAUGAGCACCUGGCAGCUGAGCAGUCUGCAGCUGAGGAACAAGGAAAGAGCUCAAAGCCAACAGUAAGCAAGAUGAAGACUGCAGCAUUGGAUGCUAGUGCAAAUAUGGUGCCUCAGCGAGUACUAUUUGUGGAGGAGCUAGCGGAAAUACUGGCAGAGCGUUUCCCUGACCUGUGGAAACUAGGGAUGGCCUACUUUAGUGGCGAGUUGCAUGUUCAAGUUUCUUCGUCUCGAGACAGUGAUUUCAAGCACAUGGUGCUGGCUGCUAUUGAGCAAUUUGCACGGCUACUGCGUGGAGCACUGCUGCCACACACCCUGGAUCGUAUGGCAGCUCCAAGGCGCAGCGCUGCUGGAGGCAGCUGGCCCAAUAGCGGUGCUGAGGCUGUGGGGCCUGGUUGCCCCAUUGCUUGCGCUGUAUUACAUUGUAUGAGCACACUAUUUCAUCAAGCAGCUGAUCAUGUGAAGGCUCUACACAAGCAGGAGACUUGGAAGGUUGAAUUUGAUAGCCAACAUGGUGGAAUCUCAGAUCUGCCACUGCAAUUCGAACGCAAAGUUCAGGAGGUAGUUCAGCAAGUACGUGAGGCAGCCCUACUGGGUGAAGCACGAGAAAAGCCUCUGCUGGCAGAACCAAGUGCUCAACGUGAACUCAACGCUCUUUCCCAAGCUUUGCUACUCAGCUUCCAUCAGGCUUUGGAGACCCUUGCCUUCAGCAAUGAUGGAAAUCAAGAUGAUCGUUCUACUGCUGUUUCUCAAUUGAUUGGUGCCCCUACUGUUUUCCGGUCAAUGGAUAAAGAUACAGGACCGCCAUGGGAGCAACGUUUACUGAUGACACUCAGUAAUUGCCAGUUCACUGCCAAGGUAAUCCUUUCUCGCUUGUCAGAAACCUUUUCUCGACAUGGUUAUCCAGUACCAACACUCCCCAUUGCAACAGCUAGCAGUGCUCUUUCAGCUCUUGACAAGAGAAUUAUGGAGGUCUAUCUAGAGCAGAAGAGUGAUCCAUUGGUGGGCACCAUUGAGCCAUCCAUGUAUUUAGGCCGCUUUGAUUGGGAUACUCCACGGAAACCCUCAGAUAUAUCUCCCUACGUGAAAGAGAUAAUAGCAAAUAUGAAUGGAGUUCAUGCAGAGGUACAUCGUGUUUCUCCAGCUCUUGUGUCUCGUGUUCUGUGUCAGAUUGUUGAGACAGUAGCUGAAGAACUGUCACGUCUAAUGUCAUGUGUUACACGGUUCAGCUGUGAGGGUCGACAACAAGCAACUGCAGAUAUACAGUUUGUGCAAGAAACUGUGCGGCAAUACACAACACAAAAUGCUACGAGGUUCUUUGUUGAGGCCCUUGAUGCAAUUCCACCCUUAAAAACACCGGCUGAAAAAAAGGUGGUUGAAGAUGUCUUGAGUCGUGCUCGUGCUCGCAUGCGCUUACAACUGCUGUGCUUCAGUGAACCUCGACCACCCGCUCCUCUGGGACAAGCCGCCUGAGGAGCCGGGGCGGGGGCAAGGACUUGGGGUGGGGGUGGGGGCAGCCCAGCCCGGCCAUCCUUCCCCUUUGCUGCCUCCGCCCCUGCUGCCCCAGUGUACUGGGAGACUCCUGUCUAAUUUUUACUGUGGUUUGCUCCUGUGAUUUUUUGAACAAAGGAUUUUUAGUUAUGUAUUCGAGAUUAUUGGGUAUCUGUUGACUGCCUGUAUAUGGAAAGAGGAAGUGAAUUGCUUACUGAAACUAAGAAAAGGGAUGUGUUCUGAGUCACCAAUAUGGGCAUUGGCAUGUCUUUUAAAUCAGAUGUGCAUUUUUAAUCCACGUUCUAAUUCAGUGCUAUUGUGCCCUUUAUUAAGGAAGAUAUUUCCAAAUGAUGGUGCCUGGGAACGGUGCAACUUUCUCUGCAUUACAUAAAUUGUUUGAAGACUGAUAGAAGGGAAGUGGAAAGACAUCUCAUCUAGCUCUACUUCCAGCAAAUAAAAUAUUCUUCAGCAUUCUGAAAGACAUAAAAGCAAUAUAACCUUGUUUGUACUUUAAUUGCGAUAAUUUAAAUACUAGUUUGAGUGUAAAUAUACAUAAAUAAAGUUGUAAUUUAUUAUAAAAGAAUGGUUAUCUUAGUUUGUUCCUGAAUGAGAAGACACUUUGACCAUGAAAUUUAACAUUUUUAUACUGGCCUAUCAUUAGUACAACUACAUUCUUAUUAUAAGUAAUAUCACAAGCAGUUUGGAAAUUACCAGUAAAUCAAUGAGCCAAGUUUGUGUGCGGUGAUGGUGUAAUGGUUAGCGUAUCACACUGUUGUAUCCAAGUUGGCGGGUUCAAACCCGAUCGAAGCCGUGGAUUUUUAAGGGCGAAAAAAUACUUAGUAC